UAGCCAGUCUUGAGGGAGUUGCCAGGACACCAUUGGACAAUUGGACAAGCAGCCGGGCAAGAUGGACCUGCCGUCAAUGGUGCAGCGUUCGGGAGACACGCUCAUCGUGCGCAGCGUGGUCAGUGGCAAUCAGCUGUACACGGAGCAGGGUCAGCAACAUGGGCACCAGCAACAGACCACCGGCGGCAGCAACACGGGACACAUUUCGAGCAACUCGAGCGGCAACAACACGGCCGCCUCGCAGGCGGGAUCAUCUCUCCUCGAGCGACACGUGGAGCGCUUCCGCCUGCAGCAGUUGCUGCAACAGCAGCAACAAGCAGCCGCUGCCGUGGCCGUUGUGAACAGCGUGCAACAGCAGCAGCAACAGCAGCAGCAGCAACAGCAGGCCGCCAUUGGCAUGGAUGCCAAGGAGGAGGGUCUGCCGCAGUGCAAGAUUAAGCGGAACUACAGCUGCAACCACUGUGCGUACUUCACGCAGAACCCGCGCUACCAUCUCACCCACCUGCGCGACGUGCACGGCGAGAAGAUAGUGAUCAACAAGUGCAAGCUCUGCCUGUACGCCUCGCGGCACUUCCAGAAGCUGGUGCGGCACAUGAAGAUGGUGCACGGCUGCACGGACGGCAUUCCCAGUGGUCAUGGGCAGGCGCGCGGCAAGCGAGGCAUGAGUAGGGAGGCACGAAAGCGCCGGCUGGAGGAGAGUGUGGGCGUGAUGGGUGGCCAGAGCCUGACGGUCGCUGUGCCCGAUGUGCCCACGCUGGAGCAGGUGAAGCGGGAGCUGCUGCUGCAGGAGGAGAAGCUGCAGCGCGACAUCCAGGCCUUCAAUCAGCGGCAGCGCGAGGAGCAGCAGCGCGAGCAGCAGCGGGAGUUGGAACUGGUGGCCACCAGUGCGUAUGAGCGACAAAUGCAGGUGCUGCGCGAUUUCGAGCGCCAUUCGCCCGCCGAACCGCCCACGCCGUCGCCCACUAGUGGCUCGGCCACGCCCCCCUCGAACGGGGAGGAGCCGCAGAACCGGCUGCUCAAGUGCAGCGCCUGCGAGUUCACCACCCUGUACCGCACCCAGCUGCGGGCCCACGAGCUGGCCGAGCACGGCAAGACCAAGUUCUUCCGCUGCGACAAGUGCAGCUAUGUGACCCACAUCAAGGCGCGCUUCAGCAAGCACGUCAAGUACCACAGCAUGCCGAUGAUCAAGUGCGUCACCUGCGACUUCCGCACUCCGUACAAGUGGAAUCUGGACAGGCACAUGAAGAACCAUGGCGGCGCGGGCGCCUUCAAGUGUGCCGCCUGUGACUUUACCGCCGACAUCAAGCAAUCGCUGACGGUGCACGAGAUGAACCAUCAUGUGCCGCCGGUGGGCAAUGCCGGCUCCAUUUGGCCGAGGCGCCAGAAUAAAGUGGGAGCCAGCGAGAUGUGCGAGGACUUCCUCAGCGAUUCGGCCGAGCUGGAGGAUCAGUAUAAUAACAACAAUGUCGACGACGAACUGGACGGCGUCGAGGACGCCGACGAGCCGAUGAGCGGCGGCGAGGAGCAGCCGAUGCUCCACAAUCACCAUCACUACGGCAAGCGGAGCAAGUACGACGAGGAGGAGGAGCCCACGGAUCUGUCGCAGAAGGGCGGCUGCUCCUCGGACACCUCCAGCGUGGGCACGCCCACGCCGAGGGCCCAGCGACCGGUGCCCAAUCUCAUCCCGAUCAGCAAGGGGGCCAAAGACGUAUUAAAUCUGUCCAAGGAGACCAAUGCCUCGCGCAGCUCCCUCACGGAAAUCGCGUCCAUGUUCUUCAACGAGAAGCAGAUCUCGGAGAUGCUGGACAAGUCAGAUGUGCCGCAAUUAUCGCCGGCAACGACGGUGGCCUCCCAGAACUCGACGCGCAGCCAGAUGACCAAGAAGUCCAGCUUCCUGGACAAACUGAAGACAGGGGCGCAGCACGAGAAUCUGGUGUGCCAGUGCGGCCACGUGGCCAAGUGCCUCUCGGAGUCGAUCAUCCACGGCAAGAGCUGCCACGCCUCGGCGGUGAUCAUCGACGACGACGACGCCGGUCUGCACGAGGACGAUGCCGACGAUCGGCUGGAAAUCGACGAGGACGACGAGGAUCACCACUCCCAUUCGGCCCUAAAUCUCAGUGUGACGGGAUCGACGCGUUGCCAGCAUUGCCGCCACCGUUGCAAGUCCUCCACGGAUCUGCUGCACCACCUGAAGCAGUGCGUCGAGGCCAUUCGCUGCGCCAACGAGAUGUACGACUCGAAUUCCGGGGAGAGCGGCGAUCGGCGGCCCGAUACGCAGAGCCUCCAGCAGCAGGCGGCCGUCCAGCAGCAGAGGGUCUGCAUCUGGAACAAGGCGACCAAGGAGAUUGUCGCCGCCGCAGCAGCCGCCUCCUUGCAGCAGGAGAACAACGGGCACAGCCUGGUCAAGUCGCCGGCCGGAAGUCAGGCGGCCAGCAACGAGGAGAACAGCUACUACGGCGUGGAAACGGCGCCCGGCUACGGCGAGGUAACCAAAAAGAUGACGCCCGAGGAGGAGGCCGCCAACUCGUCGCUGAAGAAGGUCUACAAGUGUCCGCACUGCAGCUUCUGGGCCUCGACGGCGUCCCGCUUCCACGUCCACAUCGUGGGCCACCUGAACAAGAAGCCCUUCGAGUGCUCCCUCUGCUCGUACCGCUCCAACUGGCGCUGGGACAUCACGAAGCACAUUCGCUUGAAGACGAUCCGCGAUCCCUCGCACAAGACGGCCAAGGUUCUGAUGAACGACGAGACGGGUCGCCGGAACUACACCAAGUACAACAAGUACAUCACCCUGAUGAAGGUCACCGAGGAGGAUGGCGACCCGAAGCUGAUGAAGUCCGGCGAAAUGACCCCCAACCAGGUGGCCUCGCUGGCCUUCCUCAAGGACUACGCCAAGGUGGGCUCCGCCACCGGACAGGAUAUCACCCUGGAACCGGUGCUGCCGACCAAGCCGAAUGUCCUGGACGAUGCCCAUCUGGCCGACAACCUCAUCCGUAUUCCCCUCUUGGCCACCAUGAUGAACGCCGCCAUGGCGCAGCAGCAGCACCAGCAGCAGCAGCAGAAGGAGCACCAGUCCACGAUGAUCACGCCCUCGGUGACCAUCUCGCCGGUGAAGCGAUCCAGCCAGGGAUCGGUGAUGCAGGGCAAGCCCAGCGACGAUCUGAUCACCGAGGUGCACCAGGAGGGCAACGAGAAGAGGACGGUCUACCGGUGCCGCAAGUGCAACUUUGGCCACCAGAACCGCGAUGCUGUGCUGGCGCACGUGAAGAUCCACUACCAGGACGCCAGCUACCCAAAGUCCAGUUCGGCCAAUUCGGGCACCUCGCCGCUGCAGGUUUCGGUGGGCGGGAAUCCACAGUUCUACAUGAACAAGGUCUUCGCCGCCAUGUGCCUGUCGCAGCAGACGCAGCAGUCGCAGUCGUCGCCCAACUCGGGCUCCACCGGAACCAGUCCGGCCAUUUCGGCCGGGCUGCUGCAGCGGGCCAUCCAGGAGGCCCAGCACUCGCCGACGCCCAACGCCAGCGCUCUGAGCGGACUUGCUUUGGCGUUGGCGGGCGGUAAGCCACAAGCCAAUACGACGAAAGCCAGUGCCGCCUCCAUUUUAGAGCACGGUGAGCAGAAAGCGAGUCAAAACGAGGCAAGUGCCGACAGUCUGACGUCGCCGAACACCACCACCACUAGAACCACCAAAGCCACCACCACUAGCACCACCAAAGACACCGCCAGAUCGCUGCAGGAUCUGCUCACCUCACCGCGCAGUGCCAGAAAUGGAAGCCAUCAUCCCUCUAACGCUAACAGUAGUAACUCGGUUGUGGGAAAUGGACUCCGGCUGGAAGCCGAUGCCGUCUACGUCGCCUCAUCCACCAAUACCACACCACCACCACCACCCACCAACUCAGUCAGCAAGCCCAAUGCAUCGCCUUUGCCAGUAACUACCACUCCUACUCCUAUUUCUACUGCCACACCUCAUCAUCAUCUGGGUGCGGGUAACCACAGCUCAUCCCCAUCCUCAGCCCAACACAAUGACCACCAUCCUCCACUCAUGGCCGGUGAUGGUUACCACCUGGCGUCGGGUCUAACCCAUGCCCACAGCAUAAGCAACAACACUAACCCAAAAGCCAAUCCCAACUCCAAUUCCUUCCCCUCGUCAUCGUCGUCGUCAUCGUCGUCCUCGGUGGCGUCCACCUCCUCGGCCGCCGGCUCCGCGUCCUCCUCCUCCGCAUCGUCGCCACCACCACCACCGCCGCCGUCGGCGGGAGCAGCAGCAGCUGCCUCAUCCUCCUACCUGGCUGCCCCUGCCGUGCAGUUGCCGCAUCCGCCGCAGACGAGAUUCCAUAGCCAUAGUCCAGGUAGUCCCAGCCUCCUGACCAUGGCCGAUGGCGAUCGACGCGACCCGUCGCCCUAUCGCUGCGGCCACUGCCACCAGGUCUCGAAUUGGAAGCAUGUCAUCCAGCGGCACUGUCGCUUAAAGCAUUCCGGGGAUAUUCGGAUCGAGACCCUUGAGCGAGGAGCCAGUGCCUCGGCGAACGCACCACCCAUCUACCGACCCUUGGGCGCAGGUGCCACCAACGAAUCCCAGUCCCACAUCCCCACGAAUUCCAUCCCGAAGUCCGGAAACACAAACAGCAAUGCCAGCCAGCUGCUGAUGACCACCAAGCAGCUGGAGCAGCUCCUCCACUCGCCGCUCUCGGCCAGCGCCGCUGCGGUGGUGAAUGCGGCGAAUACCCAGCAGGAUAUCCAGGCGGCGGCAGCCUAUUGGGCGGCUGCCUGCAAGGCGGUGGUGGCCAACAGCAGUGCCGAGGAGUUGCUGCAGUUGCAGCAGAACGACCAGAUCGAGAUCACCCGACUGCCGGCGGAGCAACCUGCAGCCUCCAACAACAGCAACACCAAGAGCAAGCAACAAAAGUGCCCUGUGUGUCCUUACAUCUCGGAGAGCAAAUCCCAGAUGAACUACCACGUCUCGCUGCACAAGCCCACCCAAUACGAGUGUAGGCUGUGCACUUUCGUCUGUGCCAAGAAGCAGCAUUUGAGCAGCCACAUGAGGAGUGUCCACCAGCAGCAGAUGGCUGCCUCAGCAGGAGGAGGAUCAUCCUCCUCUAUAAACCUCGAUUUCAGUGUGGCCCUCCAAUUGGCAGCCGCUGCCAAGCAGGUGCAACAACUGCCCGCCUCCACGCCGCUCUCCAUUGACCUCUCCCAGGUCCAACUGGACGCCGCCUCGGAUGCGGAGCUCAAUCCGCAGCAACUGCCGCCGGAGUACCAGUACAAGCUGAUCAGCUACUGUCCCCGGUGUCCCGCCCGCUUUGCCCAGAAGCACAACGACGAGCGCAAUGCCAAGCAGCAGCUGGAGCAGCAUUUGCUGGCCCACAGCGACUUGGAGGAUCAGCAGCAGGAUCAGUCCUUUGUCUGCACCUACUGCGAGUAUCGCACAGCCGAGGAGACGCUGCUCCAGCUCCACCGGGCUGUGCACAUGUCGCACUACCAGGAGAAGUGCCAGCAGCUGUACAAGAACUGCAAGGAGGAUCUCGAGUAUCCCGCGCCCAAGCUGCUGCAGCUGACGGGUCCCGAGACCAUCUGGGUGGUGGACAAUGAGCUGAGCCUGCAGCUACUGCAGCAGACAGGCUCCUCCUCCAGCGGAAGCUUUGAUAACCAGAAUUCGCUGCUUAAGAAGCAGCUGGAAUCGGGCGGUGGCCAGGUGGUCGCACCAAUCUCUACAACCAAGGAAACGGCGGCGGAGGAAGAUGAGGAGCGACACAGCAGCUCCACGCCUUCGACCAGCGCCUCGGUGGCCACCAGUGACUUGGCGGCCGAUGCCAGCAGUGAUGCCGGCUCCGUGGACAUGCCACAGUCCAUUCCGGCACCGGAGCGCUGCCUCCACUGCCCCUUUGAGACGCAGCAGCACGAGGAGCUGCUGCAGCAUCUCCAGAAGCACGCCUGCGUGAAUCCUCCGCCAGCCGACUCCCAGCAGUGUGCCCACUGUGAUUACAACGCCCAAGAGGAGUCGGAAUUGGAGGAACACACCGCGCUGCAUUUCAAUGCCAGUGAGAAACUGAAGUCCGUGGAGUUCUACACCUGCUACGAUCAGCUCGAGAUCAGUGUGGAGCGGGAACCGGAGGAGAACGGCGAGGCCAAGGAUGAGCAGACCGAGCACAACAACAACCAGGACAAUGUGAUGAACGCCAAUGUGCAGCAGGAGCAGAGUGCAGGGGGAGAUGAUGAUCCAAUGGAGGAGGAGCCGCCGGCCAAGAAGCCCAGCACCAAGUUGAUUCUGUACAAGAACGAGGGCGGUUUGAGUGUGAAGCCAUCGCCGCAGGAGGAUGGAGUUACUUCGGAGUCGCAGAAGAGCGAGAACAUCAGCGAUCGCCUGCGCCGAAGGAUCCUCCGCGGAGGAGGAGGUGGUGCCAACCAGCCGGAGGACUCCCAAGCGCAGGAACACCGACCCACUACACCGGACAAAAUGAUACUGGUCAAUGCCAAGACGGGCAAAGUCAUUUCCAGAAAGUAGACCUCCAAGGGUCGAACCUUUUAUUACAUUUAAUCACCUUACCCCUAAGUUUAUCGUUUAUUUAGCCCUAAGUGAGUUUUGGUUUUGUUAAUACUUUGUUGUUGCUUAUGUUUUUCAUUUUUUUUUUCGGGUAAUGCGUUAGUGGAGUUCGGGAUUCGUUUUGGGCACCUUAUAAAGAUUUCUAUUGUCACUAACAAACACCCACAUACACACACCUAGUUGGAACAUGUUCCUGCACUUAAAACUUGUUUAAGCCCUAAGUUAGUCUUACGUACCCAUAAUUUAUAAACAAAACAAAAAACAAAAAUUCGAAUACUUUACACUUGGGAAAACCCGGAAUUCUUACUGUAAUUACUUGCUAGAACGGUGCAAAAUGUAAUUUAAAUUAAUUGUAUUGUAAAUUAUCAGAGAGACAACUAUAAGCGUAAAUUAAAAUGUAGACCCUAUAUUUACCAUUGGCUAAAUAUGUAAAAUGAUACGAGGAAACCUAACCCAACCUAGGAGCAAGAUCGAAAAGCGUUUCAAAGAAAUCAACUUUGUAUAGGAGAAAAAGAUAAAUUCAAAAUUAAGUCUUGCUACAAUUAAUUCGUUUAAUUUUUUUAAUGGGAACUGUGAUUAUUGAAUAUUGUAAAUGAAAAAAAAAAGAAAAAGGAAAAAGAAAGUGGUCGCGUAUAUCAUGCAAUGAAUAUGGUACUAUAUACAUACUAUAUAAAUCUAAACAUAUAUAUUUACACACAGCUGCUGCAAAAACGAAAACACAAUUUAAAUGCAAUUCAAAAAUCAACAAAGAAUAGGGAAAUUUUUGCAAUAUUUGCAAUAUUAUUUUGUACAAGUGCAGCACACGGUUAAAAAUAGUUAUUAGUUUCUAGUUUCUACUACGGAAUAGUUAUGUUCUUAUCAUUACUACGAUUGUUUUCAAGCAAACAGCGUCUUUGUAGCACAGUGCUAGCGUAAACACUACAAACAAAAUGUUAUCAUAAACUAUAAGCAAACGAAAAGAACACAUGUGGAAUAGCGGGGCCAUAUUUAAAUAGUUUAAACUUUAAAGCAAGGAAACAUUUAAACAGAGCAAAUCAAAACCAGAAAACGCAAACAAGCGAUAUUGUAUACAGAAACUUACUUGGAUAUAACUGCAACCGCCUUUGAUAUGCAUAUAUACAUCUAAUAUCGAUACCGAUAUCUAUACACACAAUAUAUUAUAUAUUAAAUAGUCCUUAACAUUGAACUACAUUUAAACUUAAAGCUAGUGUAAAUAACUUAGUUUUGUUUACUACGCACACAGACAACACACAACACUUACACACACACCAACACACACGAAGAUUUACGGCAUUAAAUUACAACAGAGAAAAUGUACAAAAAACAAAUGUUAAUAAAGAAAUCAAAUAAAAAUACACAAGUUGCAUUUACAA